AUGGCAGCUCUUCCAAAGCAGAAGGUGGUCAUAGUCGGCGCUGGCCCUGUCGGGUCAUUAGCAGCCCUAUAUGCCGCUUCUCGAGGCGAUGAGGUCGAACUUUAUGAACUGCGAGGGGAUCUUAGAGACCCGUCGACUAUCCCUCUCAACUUCACAAAGUCAAUCAACUUGACAAUCUCAGAGCGAGGCAUCAAUGCUUUACAUCAGUCGGGACACACAGUGGCCAUAGAACAUAUCCUGAACAACGCCAUCCCUAUGCAUGGCCGGAUGAUUCACGGGAGGGAUUCGUUUGGGGAUCUAUGGGAGGCAUCUCAAGCCUACGAUGUCCACGGAAGGGCUAUAAAUUCAGUCGAACGAGCGACAUUAAACGACGCGCUUCUCGAUGAGCUCGACAAAACGCCCAAUGUCAAGCUGUUCUUCAACCACAAGCUCACUGGCGCAGACUUCGACGCACGCAAAGCCUGGUUCGAACGGAAACUGCCUGGAAAUACACCAAAGCACGAUGGACAAGACACGUCUGUGGACUUUGACCGCCCACCCGAAGUCGAGGUGCAGUUCGACUAUUUUAUUGGAGCGGAUGGAGCGCAUUCAGCAUCAAGAUAUCACAUGAUGAAAUAUAGCAGGGUGGAUUACCAGCAAGAGUACAUUGACACACUCUGGUGCGAGUUUCGUAUCCCAUCCACAGAGAGUGGCGAAUUCCGCAUCUCUCCGAAUUACCUGCACAUCUGGCCGGGCAGGGAGUUUAUGUUCAUUGCAUUGCCCUCUCCUGACAAGUCGUUCACUUGCACUCUGUUUGCACCAGCAAAAUACUUUGCUAGUCUUGGAAACACGGCCCAGGACCUAUGCAAAUCAUUUCAGGAGCACUUUCCCGGUGUAUCUCCAGAACUGAUUUCCCCUGACGAUCUUUACGACUCGUUCACCAAGAACCCGCAUCUACCAUUGAUCAGCAUUAAAUGCCGGCCCCAUCACUAUAACUCAAGUGUGGUGAUAAUUGGAGAUGCAGCGCAUGCUGUGUUGCCAUUCUACGGCCAGGGUUUAAAUGCUGGCAUGGAAGAUGUGAGGGUGCUGUUCGAGACCCUCGAUGAGCAGGGCGUGUACGAUGAAACAAACGAUACUACUGCUCUUAGGCACCGUGUCCGAGCCGCCGCUUUUGAGAAGUACACAGCGAAGCGAGUAGCCGAUACCCAUGCAAUCAACGAUUUAUCCAAAGGCAAUUUCAUCGAGAUGCGCUCAGGGGUCAACUCGAGAAUGUAUAAACUACGCAAGUUCGUCGAGGAGAGCCUGGAUCAAUAUAUGCCGCAGUUGGGCUGGCAAACCCAGUACUCGCGCGUUAGUUUUACUAAUAUGCCAUACUCCGAGGUAAUCAGAGCAGCCGAAAAGCAGCGGGUUUUUCUCGGUGCCACGCUUGGUACAGCGCUCUUUACUACUGUGGUUGCGGGACUCACGUUGGGAUGUGUCAUGGUAUUCAAGGGGCCUCGGCAGUUUUCACCUUAUCGACUGUUGAGCAAUCUGUCAUGGAAACAGCACCGGUAG